AAGACAGUUGAAGAAGAAUUACUUUGGCGUGAACGCGCCCUGAUCCGGUGACGUCACGGCUGCAGCUGUUCACUUCACUUCAGUUCGUCUUGAAUGUAUUUUACAGGAGACGGCACGAGUUUUUCGACUCAGCAGCAUUAAUACAGCGACGAAAGCACCGAGUUUUUGUCACGUAUUACCAACACAUGCUUUAUAUUUGGACGGAUGCGGAGCGAGGUUCACCUGAAGAUCGCCAUUGAUACGGCUUUGCCGAAGAACUAGACUUUGUUUGUUUAGCAGUUUGGGUUACUGUAGAACCUUUGACAGGUAAACAAAGGUCAAAAUGGUGAGACCUCAUUCAGGAUCUCCUCGUUCCAAACACAGGCCUUUCUCAGACAACUUCAACAACAUGAAUCACGAGAGGCGAUUUGGCCCUCCUUCAAGAAGCCCAAGAGGUUUUAGAGGACCUCCUGGAAAAGCCCCAUCCAGCUGGAGAGAGAGCAACAGCGGUGGACGCCAGCCAUACCUCAAGAGGCCCUCAUACAUGGGUGAACGUAAAGAGAGACAUGGACAUUGGAUGCAACAGAACCAGGAUCAGUUCCAUGCCUUUCCAAGUUCACAGGAUUCACACCGGGACCGCAGAAGGCCUUCGCCUCCCCGCUCAGGACGCAUUCCCUCAGUUCAGCACAGGCAGUCUCCACACGGUCCAACUGAACCACCUAGUCACAGACCACCACUCUUCCACGCAAAACACAUGAGCCACCCAUCUCCGUCUCGCCCAUUUCAUGGACCUCCAGCAGAACGAAGGGUUCCAUCUCCUCAUGGUUCCUUCAGGGGUCCACAGCGACGCCAAAGUCCUUUUCAAGAGCAUGAGAGGAGCUGGGGGCCUGCACCUCGUGAGAGGCCUUUUGGCCGACCACUACUUGGGGGGCAGAACUGGAAUUGGCCAGGAGGUCACAUGCACCCCCUCAGUGGGGAUUCUAGGCUCUCUGGCCCACCCCAGAGAAAACCAAGGGAGUUUCACGGAAGGAGUUCAAAUCAAGAGAGGUGGUCUGCAGAGGGAGAUCAGCGUCCACCGCAUCAUGGAGGAGUGGGACGAGAGUUUCGACGCCCCAGCAUGGAUUGGGCACACAGAGGAGAUGCCAGUCCACACCCACGACCCCCUUACCGAUCACAGGCAUGGAAGCCAGGUCCGCCGCCAUCUGGCUCGUCUUCCAGAUUCUAUCCUCCUCUGCGACCCCAUGAAAGGCCAAUGGGACGCCCAAUGAAGAGGAAUAUUCAAGAGUUCAGACGGCAGCCCCCUCCAGGUGGGUUGGAGAAUGGACCACCGAAGCGCUUCCGCAGAGAGCUGUCAGUGAGACCUCUUCUUCAAAGGGGCUUCAGAGGUUUGACCCUUAACGAUAAGAGUCGACUGCUAAAGGCACGAAAGUUCAGGGCUGAGUCGGUGACCAGGUUCAGGAUGCCCUCGCCGAGGCCAAGAAUUGCAGACAGAGACCAGAAAGCCAAGUCUCAGACAGCACCACGGCAUAGCAAAGAUUCCACAGGAGUUCAACCGCGCAAGGUGUCCUUGAAAAAAGGUUUACCGUCAACCAGAGAGUCAUCGCCCAACACGGACUCCAAGACAGCCAAGCCUAAGAGGGACUACGAAACAAAGGUGGAAUCCCGUCGCUCUGUGAGCGCACACAGCUCCUCACCAAUAGACAGACGUCUAUCACGUGACCUUGUUGUGGUUUCCCAUUGGGAGGCGGGACACAAACCCAGCACCAGCCCUAAGAAUAGUGCACCCUGGAGGAAUCGGGCCCCCAAAAACAAGACGGAAAUUUUUGAAUCUGAUGGGAAUUUAACACUGAAUGAACGCUUUACCAAGCUACACAGUCCUGGCAGCUCUUCACAAGACCAGAAGGACAGACGGCCCUCUGGAAGUUCAGAAAAAUCCAUGGGGAAACCUGGUUCUUUUACGAGACCUAAUUUCCCCCCAGUUGGUGGAGUAAAAACAGGAUCAGCCCCUGAUGGAAUUCCUAGAAAACCCUUGAUGAGCUCUAUAAUUCCAAGACCACCCUUCAUUCAGAAGCCAGUCUUCAAAAAGAGCCAAAGCAUCAUGUCAAAGUACAAGAACUUGCAGACCCUGCGUCAUAAAGUGCCCCAUCAGCGGCAAGCCACAAGCUAUCGCCGGUGGUGAUGCAAUGAUCCUGUUCAUCAUGCCACGGUGUUUGUUGUUGGACAUUGAGCUUCCUUACCCCCUCAUAUUUCUCAUAUCUCCUACUGCAAGGCAGUUUUGAAUUAAUCAGUGUAAAAAUGGCAAAAAAAUCACCAACGUAUAUUUUCAUUUCUCUAUUAUUGUUUUGUGGAGUUGUUUUUCUUUAGUAUUAUUUUGCGCAUCAUAGAUAAAAAGGUUUUGAAUUUUGUGCACUACUCCUUUAGAAGGUUAAAGGAUAUGAGGUAGGGUUAUGAUUUUUGUAAUAUAACCUCUAACAUGUACAAAACUUUUCUUUAACAGAGGUUUGUGAAAAUAUGAUUUUAGGGUUGGUUCAGAUUCUUUCACUAUCUCUUGUCAUUUUUAUGUAUAUAUAUAUAUAUUUAGUGUCUGAUUAUUUGCUUACACAAAAUGGACUGUUAAUAGAUUAAGUUAAAUGAUGCCUGUAAAAUGCUUUGUAUGGUGCUUUACGGUUGGUUUCUGGAUAUGACAGCUGUGUUUUUGAUUGGCUGAGCUCCAUGUUAAUAAAUGAGUUCCAUGUAAUGUUUUGUUUGUAAAGCACCUAGAAAACAAUGUACAGCCUUUGUAGUGAGACUCUUUGAAUAAAACUGGAACUAUCA